AUGAAACGAAUAUUCUCCAAGCGAUUGUCUCAGCCUCCGACCGCGCAUCCACCAAAACCAGCCGUGCCUUCCCCGCCUCCGAGCAGUUCCAUCCUGCAUACUACAGGUCUCCAACGCAGAGACAUCGUACCGCCCGUACCCCAUCCUCGUCCUCACGACCAUAUUGCUCUUCUCCCUACAAAAGAUGGUCUUCUUCUUCGCCCACACUUUGCUGGAGGGAUGCCUCCAGAGUCGCACGUCAAGAUCCACUGGGGAAAGGUGGCAACCAUCGAAGAGUUGGAAGGCGAUGUAGAAGGCUCAAAGGAUGACUGGAGUGCGAGUGUGAUUGUGUACGGUAUCAUUGGGAUUUUAGAGCUUUACAAUGCAUCAUACCUGCUGGUCAUCCAUUCCAAAUCUCAUAUCGGACAUUGCUUGGAACCUACGCACACCAUCUACGGCGUGAAGGGUGUAACGGCCAUCCCGCUCGUGGAAGACCGUGCCCGUACAGUACUAAACGUCCUUUCGUCCAAGAAUGCCGCUAGACAUUCACUCUCCGCCAUGCCUACCGAUGCCAUCCCCACACUCAGCGACAUAGCCUCAGACGCUGCGUCCGAAUCCAAAUCAGACGAGCGAGAUACAGAGUCGAGUUCUCCGCGGGUUACCUUCGCCACUGAAGAACAGAUCAAGAUCAUGUCCCCGGAGGCCACCCGCGAGACUUUCGAUUUACCUGACAGACCACCGUCGCCGUCUUCUAUGAUGUCAGGCGCUUCAGGUGCCUCGACCCCUUCGUCGGAGUAUUCUCUCUCCAACAAUGCCCCUAUAGCGAAGACAUUGGCAGAGAGGCUCUCAUUCUGGAACAGGCUUCCUAAGAGGACGUCAUAUUCUGAAGCACCUUCUAGUGACGAGCAAGCUAAUCUGAAGGAAGCUGAUAUCCUGGAAGGUCGGAUUGAUGAUGGUAAGGAGGAACCAUCGGAGGUUCUCAACGACAUCCUGGAGUCUACGGCUCCCGCCCCGGCGACGUUGGAGGAAAAGCACAAUGAGCUCGAACAGAAGAUCCUUAGGCAAUGUGUCAAGGACUUUUCCAAGGGCGAGAUGUACUUCUCGUACAACUUUGACAUCACCCGGUCGCUGCAGCACAAACAGGACCAGAUCACGAGAGCACAGAAACAGAAUUCUCUCCUCGAAGAACUGACCGGUUCUGAGAAACCCUCGUCGAACGAUCACGAACCGACGGCUAUAGGUGACAAAGUCGAUGUUUUGGCAGAGCCUUCCUCCACUCUUCCCUUGUGGCGUCGCGUGGACCGUCAGUUCUGGUGGAACGAAUGGAUGUCGAAACCAUUCAUCGACGCUGGUCUGCACUCUUAUGUGCUACCCCUCAUCCAAGGCUUCUUUCAGGUUGCGUCGUUCCCGGUACCGAGAGAACCUGAAAGUACAGAGGAAGGUGAUGCAGCCCAGGUGGAUUAUAUCAUCAUGUCUCGAAGAUCUAGAGAUCGCGCUGGCCUUCGAUAUCAAAGACGGGGAGUGGAUGAUGAUGCUCAUGUCGCAAACUUCGUCGAAACAGAGACAGUCAUGCGGCUCGAUCGCGAAGGCGUGUCAAACGUUUUCAGUUAUGUCCAGAUCCGUGGCUCGAUUCCACUCUACUGGACACAGUCGGGUUACAGUCUGAAACCAGCGCCACAGGUGGCGCCUGACCGCACACCGGAACAAAAUAUCGAUGCGAUGCGCCGACAUUUCAGUCGCACUCUCCCUUCAUAUGGGCCACAUACCAUAGUGAACCUAGCGGAGCAACACGGGAAGGAAGGAUCGGUGACUGAGGCAUACCGUAAAUACGUCCAGAGUAUCGACUUGCCCGGUGUGCAGUAUGAAGAGUAUGACUUCCACGCGGAGACUAAAGGCAUGAAGUAUGAGAACAUAUCCAAGCUUAUAGAUCACCUCGAACGCACAUUCGAACAGCAAGGAUAUUUCUGGGUUUCGGAUCAAUACGUCUUGUCACGACAAAAAGGAGUUUACCGAGUGAACUGCAUAGAUUGCUUGGAUCGAACGAAUGUUGUCCAGUCUGCUUUCGCUCGAAAUGUUCUCAACCACCAGCUUCUUGCGCUCGCUCUGUUUAAUCCUUCGGAGCAAGGACGAACGGCUCUUGAUAUUGUAUUCAAUGAUGUAUGGGCAAAUAACGGCGAUGCUAUAAGCCGAAGCUAUGCUGGUACAUCUGCCCUCAAGGGUGACUUCACUAGAACUGGAAAGCGAGACCUUGGCGGGAUGCUGAACGAUGGCAUGAACUCGCUCGCUCGAAUGUAUACCUCUACGUUCAGCGACUGGUUCUCGCAAGCUGUCAUCGACUACAUGCUCGGCUACCGUACCAUCUCGGUCUUCUCUGAGUUUCUGCUCAAGUUGCAGUCUACUGAUCCCAGAGAUCUGAUCCGACUGUCUAAGAUCCGCGCAGAAGCUAUUGCGACGUCGGUUUCGAGGGUACUGCAGGAUGGUGAACGGUUAUUGUCUGGAUGGACGCUGUUCGCACCGAGUGAGCUGAAUAGAAAGUGGGGAGAGAAGUUCGAAGAGAAGGUUCUGUUGUUGUCCGUCAGAGCAUUAUAUAUCAUAAGUUAUGACUACAAUUUGGAGAAAGUGAAGAUGUAUACCCGUGUACCCCUCGGUGAUAUAACAGGUCUCUCUAAAGGUGCAUAUAUCCUGUCCCCGCUAGAAGAGGGCUCUCGAGACCCAAUCCAAAACGCUGGCUUCUCCAUCCACUGGCUGAACAAGAAUCAAACCACUCGAGUGACGAGCUACUCCGUCCGUAACAGCGUCGACGUCAUCGAAUCGCCCAACUCUUCUCGUCCCUCCUCCCCUCUCCUCUCACUUUCCAAAUCAACGAGCGGUGACCCUUUAGUGGCACCCAAACCUGUGCCCACACCCGCCAUGAACCCACUCCUCGCCUUCGCGAACGCCUUCAAAGUCAACCCUACACCCGUCCAAACCCCAGCUGUCGACGCCACCGCCACAUCACCCUCCGCACUCGACCCACCCUCGACACCCAAAGCCACCACCACCACCACCACCAUCACCACCACCAAACCAAGCAUACCUGGCCUCUCCCGCCCCUCCACCUCCCGCCGUCCUACCGCCCUCUCCCGCAUCCUCUCCAGCGCCGCACCCCCACCCGACUCCGGCGAAACGAGCUUCGCGGCCUUCAAGAUGCUGCCCAUCGACCCCGCGCGUUCGUGGCGCGGGAGUCGGUUCGCGGAGCCUGCGGACGAGCUUACGGGGGCGGCGAAUUGUAGGGAGGCGGUGGAUGUGGUUACGGAGGCGAUUAGGAAGGCAUGUGAGGAUGUGGGUGCGGUGGGGGAGGGGUUCGUGAAGGAGGAGGAUGUCGUCAGUUUGGCGGAGGCGCAGAGGAUGACGAGUGUAUAUGCGAAGAUGGAGUAUGGGGUGAAGAGGCUGCUCUGGCUCGGAGGUUGAAUCUGUUUUUGUUCGGACAUAUAUUCGACAUUGGGACGGCGGAUACACAUGUAAUCUUCCUGGUCUCUCACGAACAUUCACGACCCUAGUAGUAUCCAGUAGUUUCCGUACGACACACGACCCUCGACCCUUGACCUCCUUGUUCUCGUACACCUGCAUUCAGCUCUCUGUAGA